GGAUGCACAGAACGUUCUUCGGAUGGAAGGGAGAACCGCACAAGGUACGUUCUUACCGUUCGAACUACGUUUCCCAAUUAUACUCCCUAAAGGACAUCCAGUUACCGUUAAACUUCUGGAACAUUAUCAUCAGAGAGUGGCACACGGCAAUCAAGAAACGGCGGUAAAUGAAAUACGACAAAGGUUUUGGAUUCCCAAUCUCCGAGCGGAACUCAAACGUAUUUCAAGAGCUUGCAUGCGAUGCAAGGUGAGGAAAUGUGAGCCAGGUCAUCCGAGAAUGGCUCCUCUUCCGAUUUCGCGGAUCUCGCCUGGAUUGCAGCCGUUCAGCUACACAGGGGUGGAUUAUUGUGGUCCAUUGACUGUCUCCGUCGGGCGCAGAUCAGAGAAAAGGUGGAUUUGUUUGUUCACGUGUUUGACGACGAGAGCUAUUCACAUUGAGGUUGCUCAUAGUCUGACGACUCAAUCGUGCCUGAUGGCCAUACGGCGAUUCGUGAGCUACAGAGGAGGUCCUCUUGAAUUCUUCUCAGAUAAUGGGACGAAUUUCCAUGGCGCCAGCAAAGAAAUUGUUAAGCAGAUGGAGAUUAAUUGUGAAGAUGUGUUCACCGAUUCGAGAACCAGAUGGAAUUUCAAUCCGCCUUCCGCACCUCAUAUGGGUGGGGUGUGGGAGCGAAUGGUGCGCUCCGUUAAGACGGCGUUGAAAGCGUUGGAUGAUGGCCGCCGAAUGACGGACGAAGUACUCCUGACCGUGUUGGCAGAAGCGGUGGAUUUAAUCAAUUCUCGGCCACUGACAUACGCUGGCCUGGAACCUGAUGCAAAGGAAGCGCUAACACCAAACCAUUUUGUUCGCGGCGUAGGACUAAUGAGUUCUGAGUCGUUUAUCAGACCUACCAAUGAAGCAGAGGCACUGCGGGACAGCUUCAAGCGGUCACAGUUUUUGGCUGAUUGUUUGUGGAAACGAUGGACUUCUGAGUAUCUCCCGACGAUCAAUCAUCGCAGCAAAUGGCACUCUGAAAUGCCUCCUAUUGCAAAAGGUGAUCUUGUGUAUAUUGCGGACGAGAAUAUCCGAAAGCAUUGGGUUAGAGGGGUUGUAACCGAGGUAUUCAGUGGUGCUGAUGGUAGGAUCAGACAGGCUUUGGUGAAAACAGCAAAGGGUGAGUUCAGGCGGCCGGUGGUGAAGCUUGCGGUGCUUGAAGUCCAGGGUCGUAAAUCUACUGCGGCUGACGCUUUCGCACCAGAGUUACGGGGAGGGGCUAUGUACACACCGCUACGCACAGUCGACUAAGGCCUACCUGCAUGAGUUAACCAUCUUGCGACGAAAUGUCAGAAAAGGCACCAGAGUGAAUAAAAACAGUAUAGAAAGGAGAAAAUAGAUAAACAAAAGGCAAACGGAUGAAUUGAGUUGGAUAGUUUUUGAAAGUGUAUUGAAAUUUACAGAGAAAUCGUUAGAAUUUCUAAAAGGAAUUUAUUGCCGCUGAUAGCCAAAUAACUGCUGGAUCCUGAGAGACCUGAAAAAAAGAAAAAUAUUGUAAAAUUAAUAAAGAAACUGUAAAAUGUAAGUAGAACCUGAAAAGAAAAGAAAUGAGAUUAAUUAAAUACAUAAAAUUUCAGUUUCAAGCUGCGAAACAAGAAAAUUGCUGCUUUGAAAAUUAGUUUGUUGUGACG